AUGCAUAAAGAUAAAUCCCUUCCUGUGGAGUUUGGAUUGGCUGCAAUUAGCACAUUCUCAAAAGAACUAAAUCAAUAUUCAUUCUUAGAAUGCGAUUUGCAAUCACUGCUCAACGUGUAUCUGAGAGUCGAACAUAAGACUCUCGUUGAUGAAACUAGAAGGGUCUUCUUUGACAUUGCUGGUCACAGAAUCGACCAACUUGAAAUUUUGUUAGUGUCAAUCUGUAAUUAUGAAAAUAAAUUUGUUCAACAAAAUCCAUGCAAGGUCGUCAAUCUUUUAGAUGGGAUUCUGAUGGAGUUCGGCUCACCAUAUCCGCAACUUUAUGCCAGUCUAAAUAUUUCAGAUAUCUUGAAACUCGUUGAAAUAGACAAAUCUUUCAUGUAUUUCGUGGCUGUGACUAACUUGUUUAACCACCACAUGCACCAAAUGAAUCAGAUGUAUUUGAGAGAUGUGACUAAACAAUUGGAAAUUUUUUGCCAGAAUUUGAUUAAAACGCUAUCAUAUUUCAAGAUCAACAAGAGAGAUAGCAAGUUCGAAACACUACAAAGUUUUGUCAUCUCGGUGGCAGACGCACUUGAGAAGAUAAUGACAUUCAUGAAUAACUCGCAUUUCCAAACAGUCUGCACGGACCUGCUGCUUCGUGCAGUAGAAUUCCAUGUUAUGAACAUCUGCGCCUACGAUUACUCGAGCGACAUCUGCCUGGCUAUACCCGUCCUCAUCGAUAAGUGCAAUCCCGAAAAAUUCUACCAAUACCUCACCAUGGUUGUUAGAGAUCCAGAGUUGUUUUACGAUUUAGCUUGCUUGACCAAUUCUGAAGUGAAAACAAAGUCUCUCCAUGAUGAUGUUCCAUUAAUACGGCCUUCCGACUAUAAUGAGAUGCUGACAUCCUUUGCUAAUCGUUUCUUUCAUUGGGCAAUGUGGCCCUACUCGAAGAAUAUUGACGUUUUGAUCGUCGUCUACCUUAACUUACUCGCCACAAAACGUUCAAAGUAUUUAGUCACAAGCUUGGCUCAAAAACACACGCCUGAGGAAGAUCAAAUACAGAAACUGUUUGGAUGUUUGUGCGCCUCAUUUCAACCGCACUUUGAAGAAUUGAUAAAAAAGAAGCUAGCUCAUUCGUCUCAGGCUUAUUUUACAAUGCCGAAACAUAUUUGA